UUAAAAUAUCUUCUCAAGAACCACUGGGCUAUACUAGGAAAGUACAAAUUUACAUGAAAGCUUUCUGACACAGUGCACAGAUUCGAAUUUGUUAAAAUCAUAACCCCUAGGGUAGGAUGGGGCUGCAAUAGGGUAUCAAAGUUUAACAUACAUAUAUUUAGAAUCUUUAAAAGUCUUCUCAAGAACCACUGGGCUAGAAAGUUUUCAUUUACAUGAAAGCUUCUUGACAUAGUGCAGAUUCAAGUUUGUGAAAAUCAUGGCCCCUGGCGGUAGGUUUGGGUCUAAAUACACUGUAGGGAUCAAAGUUUUACAUGUAUGCGAAUAUAUAAGGAAAAUCUUUAAAUAUGGGCCAAGGUGAUUCAGGCGUGCGAUGUGGCCCAUGGGCCUCUUGUUUGUUUUUUAUAUAGAAAGGAAGUCCCAUUUUUGCCAUGUUCCCCCUCUAAUUCUUGGGUAGAAAAGGUAUUGUGGUGGUCUGGCGGGUUCGAUCCCCAGAACGGGCUUUUCUUUUGGGUUGUGGAAAAAUGAAUGCAAAUAAUGAAAUAUGCCGACACAUUUUGAUAAUUGAUACAUCGUUUAAAAUUUAAAUUACAACCCUUCCAGAUAGUAUCAUGAUUUUGCUUGCAGGGGGUGUGAUUUCAAUUUCAAUUUUUAAUUAUGUAUUAAUUACGAAAACAUUUUCAUCUUUUUCUCCAGAAUCACAAUGUUUUAAUCCAAACUUGGCACAAAGUAUCCUUGGAUUAAAGGCUCCUAAGUUUGUUCAUUUCAGGAUUUAUGCACCCUAACUCGCAUUUAGGGAGUAUAUACAGUAAUUAAAAAAUCUUCUCAAGAACCACUGGACUAGUAAAGAAAAAAAACUGUGUUCAAAUCAUGGACGCACGGAUGAAGGUGGCGCCAUUAGGCCAAUUCAACUUAAUUAGUAGAUUAUCAUCCGAGGUCACAAAAAAUAUGGGGCGGAUGGGAGGAUCAUUUUCUCCAGACCAUGCAAGCAUCCACAGGUUAAAGCCAAUAAUAGGUGAGACAAUUGAACCGUGGAUGACACCAAUCCUGCACUAAACAGUGUCAGACAUGUGGCUGCCAGUGUUUAUCUCCCUUGUCGCAGUAUUCAUCACAGUAAAAUACAUGCUGAGUCGAUUGCGGCUCAAACAGAAAAACAGUGAACUUUAUGUACUUAUAACUGGUUGUGACAGUGGCUUUGGCUAUUUAGCGGCAAAGAUGUUUGCUAGCAGAGGAAUACAUGUGUUUGCGGGAUGUCUCAAGGAGUUUCAAUCUGACACGGGACCCUCUGAGCUUUUGAUCCCGAUUCUGUUAGAUGUCACCAACGAGGAACAGAUCAAGAACACCGUUAAAACCGUAUCAGAUCGACUUCCUCCAAACCACGGACUGUGGGCUGUUAUAAAUAAUGCUGGAGUUGCCCUGCACACAGGACUUUGUGAGGCGCAAACCCCGGACAACUUUAAGGACUGUUUAAAUGUCAAUUUCUUUGGAAUGGUCAUGGUGGUCAAACACUUCCUUCCGCUUCUGCGCAAAUCUUCAGGGCGCAUCAUCAACAUGGCUAGUAUUGCUGGGAGAUUUGCUUUUCCUAUGUCAUCUCCGUAUGUUGUUUCUAAAUUUGCAGUGGAAGGUUACUCAGAGUGUUUAAGACGGGAGCUUUAUCAUCAGGAUGUAUCUGUACAUGUUAUAGAACCGGGAAUAUUUGAUACCGGUAUUCUCGAUCGCGCGCAGCCUGUUGAGUUUUCAAAGAGUACAUUUGACUCACUCUCAGAGGAAGCAAAAGAUUACUAUGGCAGGGACUUUAUCCAGAAAUCAUGGGAAAAAAUGGGCCUAAUCAAGGGCAGUAAGGACCUCAGUCAAGUAACAGAGACCUACUACCAUGCCGUCACCGCCCGAUACCCCCAGGCAUACUACAGGGUGGGCUGGGAUGCCCAGACUUUGUUUACCGUUCUCAUCCAUCUACCCGUGUGUGUCUCAGAUUUCCUGAUCACGUGGAGACAAGCCAAACUUGCUGGUGUUCAUUGAUGACUUACAGGGCUGCAAACACCAACGCUAACAUACUAACUAAAUGUAUAAACUGUACCGUGAGGUAGUGCCCGGAUACUUAAUGUAUAAGCUGUACCGUGAGGCAGUACCCGGAUACUUAAUGUAUAAACUGUACCGUGAGGCAGUGCCCGGAUACUUAAUGUAUAAGCUGUACCGUGAGGCAGUGCCCGGAUACUAAAUGUAUAAACUGUACCGUGAGGCUGUGCCCGGAUACUAAAUGUAUAAACUGUACCGUGAGGCAGUGCCCGGAUACUUAAUGUAUAAACUGUACCGUGAGGCAGUGCCCGGAUACUAAAUGUAUAAGCUGUACCGUGAGGCAGUGCCCAGAUACUCAAUGUAUAAACUGUAUCGUGAGGUUGUGCCCAGAUACUUAAUGUAUAAACUGUAUCGUGAGGUUGUGCCCGGAUACUAAAUGUAUAAACUGUACUGUGAAGUAGUGCCCGGAUACUUAAUGUAUAAACUGUAUCGUGAGGCAGUGCCCGGAUACUUAAUGUAUAAACUACCGUGAGACCGUGCCCGGAUACUAAAUGUAUAAACUGUACUGUGAGACAGUGCCCGGAUACUUAAUGUAUAAACUGUACCGUGAGACUGUGCCCGGAUACUAAAUGUAUAGACUGUACCGUGAGGCAGUGCCCGGAUACUAACUUACUGUACAAGGAGACUGCAACAUUUGGAAUGGUGAGAAGGAUAGUUUUUCUAGAAAACCUGUUAAUCUGUCAGAAUUUGGGCCAAAUCGACGUAACAGUUUCUGAAAAUGAUUAUCACAGAACUAAUUUACUAUCACAUAUUGGUGAUGUUAUAUAACAUUGGACAUAAUUAGUUGUAUAUAUGACGAAUGUCACAAAAUCUGCAGACUUUAGAAAUCACAUCAACAAUAGGUCACGUGAUUCAAUAUGGCUGGAAAGUUCUAUAAAUUGAAAAGUAUGCAUUGUGUUAUCUGAACACAAGAUUUACAUAGGUAUUGUAUACACGUUUUAUCUAGUACAGUUUUGUAUAUGUUGCCGAUUACUAGUAAUUAAAAGUACAAAUUGUGUGCAAGACACAGUACGUGUAUUUGAUAUAUUGACAAGUGUCAUGCAACUGAAACUGCUUAAGAAUAUAUCAUAGAUCAUUAUUUUGUGCUUAUAUAUAUUUACAUUGUAUGCCUCAUGGGGGCUGUGUGUUUUUUAAAUAAAAUAUCUGGUAAAUACA